UACUAGAAAGAUUGUCAAACGUUAUCAUAGUUCAUAAUGAGUCGGAUGCUAUUGUAAUGCAAUGUCGAGUGAAACGUUCGUUGGAAUAUCUGACCAAUCCAUUCGCAUAAUUAUAACGGCAUUGAUAAUCCCAUAUACGUGCAUAGUUCUCUAUAAUGUUCAUGUCACCGAGGCCGAGGCCAUUUUAGUUUGCGGUGUGAUUAAAGUACAACAGUUUAAAAAUUAAAUAAAAUAACUUUAAAAAUACGAAUCAAACACACGAGAUAUUCAAACACUGAACAAAAAAAUCAGUCUUUACCAUGUAUGUAAUAUGCAAUAGCAUUCGAGUGGGAAAACGUGUGCAUAGUAUUGUUUAUCGGUCAUUUAAUAGAUAUUUGUCUGCAGCCAAAUAUGAUGAUGCAAAUCAAAUGGAUAAGUUUAAGUUGGCUGAACGGUACACAUCAGGGAAAUACAAUGUAUGGGUCGAAUUUAUUGAAUUAUCUAUGAAAUAUAAAACGUUAAACUUGGGUCACGGUUACCCCGACUAUAAUCCAUCUACGUAUAUCUCGCAGUAUUUGACAGAAGUAGCUAUUGAGAGCGGCCAGUUCAACCAAUACACCAGAGGUUUUGGUCAUAUGCGCUUGGUAAGUGCCUUGGCCAAGUUCUAUUCAAUCUUGAACGGCCGACACAUCGAUCCCAACAGCGAAGUGAUGAUCACGGUGGGCGCGUAUGAGGCUCUGUUUUGCGCCAUACAAAGCACCUUGGAACCCGGCGACGAAGCCAUCAUCAUCGAACCGUUCUUCGACAGUUACGAGCCGCUGGUGCGCACUGUGGGCGGCGUCCCUCGGUUCAUAGCGUUGAAAAAUACUAAUCCCGAUUCGACCGUCUCGCGUGCUAGCGAUUGGAAGUUGGAUCCGGACGAGCUAGCUUCGCUGUUCAAUACAAAAACUAAACUGAUCAUUCUUAACACUCCUCAAAAUCCAACCGGCAAAGUUUUUGACUUAGAAGAACUCACGAUGAUUGGCGAUCUGUGUAAGAAACAUAACGUUCUCUGUAUAUCGGAUGAAGUGUACGAAUGGCUGGUAUAUGCUCCUACCAAACACAUCCGAAUAGCAUCGCUUCCUGGCAUGUGGGAAAGGACCAUAACGAUAGGAUCUGCAGCUAAGUCAUUGAGUAUGACAGGUUGGAAGCUCGGAUGGGCCUAUGGUCCGGACUACCUCAUGAAAAAUUUACAAGUACUUCACCAAAUUACGAUUUACACUUGUGCAACGCCUGUACAGGAAGCUGUGGCCAGAGUGUUUGAACAUGAACUCAAAGUUUUUGGUACGAACGAUAGUGUUAUUCGAGGUAUAACUAAAGACCUUCGACCAAAAUUAGACUUUACCAUCGAUGUAUUAGUGAAAAACAAUUUUAAGCCAAUCAUACCCGAUGGAGGGUACUUCAUAGUUGCAGACUGGACUAAUUACGAAAACAAAGUAGAUAUUAGUUCCGAAACAGACGAGCACAGGGAUUUCAAAUUUGUUAAAUGGCUAGCGAAAAACUAUAAGCUUCAAGCAAUACCGUUCUCUGUGUUUUUCUCGUCCAAACAUAAAGCGGAGGCUUCCGAUUAUAUGCGGUUUUGUUUUUUUAAGAAAGACGAGACACUGCAUCAAUUCGAAGAUAUCUUGAAACGCUUUAAAGAAUCAAAUUGAAUAAAUAUAUAAUCCAAUCUUAUAAAAAAUGUAUGAUGUUAGUUAAUACAAUGUUACCUAUUGAAUACCUAAAGAAUUAACUAUAAUAUAAUACAACAAAUUACAUUUUU